AUGGAUAGCUCAUUGGGCGAAAAUGCGGAGCUGGUGGGGGCGGAGGAUCUUGACGAGGAGGGCCUGAACGAUGACUAUAAUGUAUCCUUUAUGCAGGACAUUAUCACACUGGAGCACUCCUUUGGCUACGACUGCAAGCGUCUGUUCAAUCUGGUUUUGGUAGACGAUGAUACGUUGGUCUUUGCGUCCGGCAACUUUUUGCACUACUUUAGCAUAUCCAGGGGCGAGGUGACCUUUCGGGAGACCGUCUUCGGCUGCGGCGUGGGCUUCAUUACCAAAAACGAACGCCCCGAGUUUAGCAACCUGUUCACUGUCGGCGAAAAUGGACCCAAGCCGACGAUCUUCAUCUACGCUUAUCCCUCGCAUGACAUUCACACCAAACUCCUGAAUGCAGCCAAAAGUUGCUUCACGGCCGGCUCCUACAAUUCGAGCGGGGAGCUCUUCGCCUCGCAGGCUGGCUAUCCGGACUUCAUCAUCACCAUUUGGCGCUGGCAGAAGGCGGAGGUGGUGCUGCGGGCCAAAUCGUUUCAGAGCAACAUCCUAUACGUGCACUUCUCCGAGUAUAAUCCCAUUCUGCUGUGCUCCGCCGGCCUCAGUCACAUCAAGUUCUGGAAGAUGGCCAACACGUUCACCGGCCUCAAGCUGAAGGGCGACCUGGGCCGGUUUGGCAAGACGGACUUCAGCGACAUCUGUGCGAUGUAUAUGCUGCCCGACGAGAAUGUCAUCUCGGGCUGUGACUGGGGCAACAUGCUGCUGUGGGAGGCGGGGCUCAUCAAGUUCGAGAUCUGCCGCAAGGGUCGCAAGCCGUGCCACACGAAGCCCAUCACACGGAUCACCAUGUCGAACGGCGAGGUCACCACCGUUGGCAUGGACGGCUAUGUGCGCGUCUGGUUUUGGGAGACAGUCGACAUAGCCGAUCCGCCGGAGGAUGAUCUCUUCGUCGAAAUCGAUCCCAUCUACGAGUUCAAGAUCUCCAACGUCGAGCUGCGCUGCAUGCAGAAGAUCAAGCCGUUCGAUGACACAGACUUUGGAUACUACGUUCAGGAUGGUGGGGGCGGAAUUUGGUUCUGCGACAUCAAUACGUUUGAUGUGCCACGCCCACCCAAGCAGCUAUACUCGUGCGUGGGCGGGCGCGUGCUGGCCGCCCAAAUGUCAGCCAUAUCGCCGCAUCUGUUGGCCCUCUCCGAGACGGGAAAACUCUUCGUCUACGACUUCGAGCGAAACAAGUUGCUGCUGGACAAACAGUUCGCUUCGAACGGGGUGGACAUCUUGUGGCUAGACGCACAGAUUUCCAGCUAUGGCACCGAGCUGAUUGCCGGAUUCGAGGAUGGCAUACUGCGACAGCUCUUCCUCGAUCUCAGUGAUCCGAACAAGACAUCCAUUCAGCUGAUACGCGCCUACAAGGCGCACACAGCGCCCAUCACCUGUGUGGGCGUGAAUCGCAUUAGCACGAUCUUGGUGAGCGGGGCGAUGGACAAGACGAUGUUCAUCUAUCGGCUGAGCAACGAUGCCGAGAAGUUGGUCCAGUUGAAUCCGCUGGGCUUUGUGGAAUUCAAGGCUGUGCCCAGCUGCUUCCACUGGCAUCUGCAGGAGAUGUCGGUGGUCCUGAUUGGGUGCAUGAGCGGCGAGGUCUAUGAGUAUAAUAUACGCACCAAUGUUACCGAGGCGGAGACCUACCUGAGCUACAACAUCACGGAGCCGAAUCGCUUGCGCAGCACCCGCUUCGUGUCGGUCAAGAGCCGUAUACGGCGAGAUCUGAGGCGCGAGCAGAUCAAGAAGCGCAAAGAGAAGAAAAAGGAGCGGAAGCUGCAGGAAAUCGAAAAGCUCAAGCAGGCCAAUCCUGGCCUGCAGAUCGAUAUGGACAGCGCCCUGGCCGACUCGGAACCGGAUGAGGAGGAGGAACCGCUUCACAUACCCGCCGUACCCAAUCGCGUGAUCUGGCUGCGCUACACGGAACGCAACACCGUGUGGGUCUCCAUGGCGGGCUACGAUGCGGGCUACCUCUAUGAGCUGGACUUUGAUUUGCCCGAGCCGAAGUACUGCACGCUGAUCACGGAUGCCGAUGACAUCGAGAUACACAGCUACUAUAUCCUCGAGGAGUUCAUGCUGUUUGGUCUGGUGAACGGCAGCCUCCGCAUCAACCACAUUAAUUCGGAGGACUUCACAGAUCUCUCCGACUAUCGCACUUACCCCAUGCACGACGCCCUCAAGGGCACCAUUCCCGCCAUAUUGAGCAGCUACGAUGGCGAGUAUCUGGUCACCAUUGGCUUCGACGGCAACAUCUUUCUGUACAAGUGGAAUGGGCCGAAGUAUGUUAGAAGUGCGCGGUGGCCGAGCCUGCCGGGUCUGCCUAGUGCAAGGACGGUGGAGGACAUUACCGAUCCGGAGACACCUUCGCUGGAGCAGGUCAAGAUCAAUGCGGAGUUGAAGCGCCAGCAGGAGGCUGCCGAGGCUCACGAUCGCGAUGUUCUGGCCAAGAUUGGAGUACUCCAGAACACCUACUUCGACAUCAUCAAGAAGAAUGACGAGCUGCCGCCAGGACUGCGUGUGCCGGACAAGGACCUGCUGCUCGAUCCGCGCAUCACACAACAAAUUCGCGAUGAACUCCAGGCCGAGCUCGACGAUGUGCGCGAGGAUCUCGCCUACGAUCUGGAGGUUGCCCAGGUCGGCCACCAGAAGCUCUACAAUCACUUCCUCAAGUGCCUGGAUCAUAUACCCUUCACUAUAGCGCCGCUCCGGGCCAAAGUUGAUCCAGUUGCCACAUUUCGAGUGGAGGCCCUGGGCGAGGAGUUCGAGCAGAUCAAGCGCGACAUUGCAGAACGACUUAAAAUGGAACACGAUAUGCGCCUGACCGAUACACUAGAAUCUGAUGAAAAGGUGGAGCUGAUGGGCGAGCCACCUAUCGAAUCGUUCUUCUUUGGCCGUGAGCCGACGACGAUUACGCCCAAAUUUAGCAGGACGAUGAUGCGAUUGCUGCACCGCUAUCGCAAAAGGCAGCUGUACGAGGUGCGGCGCAUGUUCGACUGGGAGAAGCUGGAGCGCCAGAAGCCCGACCCGAAUCGCAAUCAUCCCGAUGACGAUGCCCAGAUAGCGGCCGCAAUGCGAAACUUGGGCGACUAUAAGCUAAAGAUUGGCUCCGACUAUGAGCCAAAGACCACGGAAACCCUGACGGCCAAGUACAUUGAGAUUGUUGAGUGCCGGGAGAGAUACUUCAAUAUGCUCGACUCGUACAAUCAGCGGCUCAGAUCGCUGCGCGAUCGCAAGAAGGAGGUGAUGGACAUUAUAGAGCAUCAUCGCGUCCGGCUGAAGCGAUUACACGAAUAUCUGCCGGAGGCGAAUCGCAUGUACAUGCGACACAUCAACGAAAUCGACAUGGAAGCAGAGUAUCCGGAGAUGAAUCUCAUCGAGCACUAUACGCCCGGCUGCGGAGUCAAUGUGGACGACAUACUCAGCUUGGAUGCGAGCGUCGAGGAGCUAAUAGCCGCCAAGAGUCCGCAAUUGAGCAUCAUUCCGGUAAGUCUGUACCCCAUGGAUCCGUACGCCGACCCGGCCAAGCGGGAGGAGAUCAAGUUUAAGGCGCUCCAGGUGUGCCAAUUGCCGGCAACGCCGCCGCCGGCCGAGAUGCUGCAGUAUUUGGAGACCCUGCCAUCGCCCGCAGAUCCCAGCUACUAUGAGCUGGACGAGGAGGGUAACGGUCCCAUGAUCCUGGAGAUGCGACAUCGUUGGCUACGCGUCCGGGUCGUCGAGCAGCUUCUCAUGCUGGCCGACCUCGACGAGGUGGUGCGCCUGUUCGACUUGGCACUGGAGAAGCUGCAGGCCGACCGCAUCAACAUUAAAAUGGACUCCGAGUUCCUUAGUUCCUAUUUGAUCACGCUCAACCAGGAGCUCUACAUCCUGCGCGACAGCGAGGAGAUCGAGUCCCAGCUGCUCAUUAAUGCCAAGCACGCCAUGAACACGCGCAACGAGCUUCAGCUGGUGAUCAAUGCCACCAAUCGGCAGCUCGAGGAGCUGCGCAAGAACAUUGAUAAGAUCAAUGAGCAGAUUGCGGCGCUGCAACAGAGCUUCAUGAUCACGGUGAAGGGGCACAAAUUCUAUGACUUUCUGCGUCGCAUCUUCAAAAAGAAAUAUCGUCCGCCUAAGCGUGCGCGCGGCGAGGACGAGGAAUCAUCGUCCUCCUCCUCCUCGUCGUCAUCGAGCGAGGAUGGCGCCGCCGAUGCUCAGAGCGUUGACUCCUUGGACAUGACCACAAUACGGCUGGACGAGACCACCUGUCCCUCCGGCCUGGACCGCACCCUCUACGACUGGUCGUUCUCCAUGCGCGCCGAUCGGCACGCCCUAGAGCGCAGCUUGGCGGACUGCCAUCGGGACGUCGAUCGCAAGCGUCGUGAGAUUGCCGAAAUGCAGACCAAAAUGAAGUACCACGAAGAGGUCUACCAGCGGGAGAAGAAUACGCUGCUCGAGUUUCGGCGCAAUAGACAGCAAGAGAUCAAUAAGGUGCAGAUAAGCACGAUUUUGCGCAUGGAUCAGCUGCAGCAUUUUCGUGAGGGCGAGGACUUUCGGGAUGUGUCGAAAGCCAUUCUCUUCGAUGCUGACAUUCUGGUCGAGCUGCGUCGCCGUGCCGAGAAGCUGGAGGAGGAGACAAUGUCCACGAAACGCUGGCAUCGCAUCAACUUCAUUCACCUGCGUCGCAUGACUCGGGAUAUUAAGUUCAUGAGAUUCGAGAUAACGCGCCUCGAGGAGGAGAUCAAGCAGGCGAUGAUGCGGCGCUUCGGAAUAAUCAUCAAUCUGGAUGAGCUGGAGGAGGAGGUGUUGCGGCGCUACGUCUUUGAGCUGGAGACCACAGCCGAGGAGGAGAUGCGAGCCCUCGAAAAGGAGCUGAGCGAAAGGCAGAUUGAGCUCUCGCGCUGCGAGGAGGAGCUGGUGCAGGAGACGCAGAACAACACGGAAAAGGUGAACAUACAGACGGUGCUGCGUGAGCAAAAGAAUGUGCUGGACGUCCUGUUGGAUGUCCAGGAGCGCAACUACAACAAAUGGGCGAACCCGCAAGUGCUGAACCUUCAGUACGACAUCGAGAAGCUAAUGGGCAUCGACACUCAGCUGCUGCAGCAAAUCGAGUGCCUGGAACGGGAGAUCUGCGCCCUACGCCUGAAGGCUAAGCCACUGCAGAUCAAUGAGCUGUAUCCGGAAAACACGGUGACUAUCACCAACAAGGAGAUUUUGCCGAUGGACAGCGAGCCGGAGAUAUGUCCGGCCAUACUCAAUGUGGAGGCCUAUAUGCUGCCACCCAUGCCCGAUGAGUUUAUCAUGGAUCGCGUUCACACGAUCGUACAGAAGAGCUUCAAUCAGUUCCUCGGCCGACACACAACAGCGGAGAAUAUACGAAAAUUCUCGCAGAGAUCGGCGCUCUACCUUUGCCAGGCUGCCUACAGCUUCCAGGGCCGCUACACGGAUCGCAUAGCCGAGUGCAUCACGGAGCACCUGGGCUCGAUUGUGCCAAAGAAAUACUUCAUACACAUCGGUGCGGAGGAUCUUCGCAAGCUCUUCAACGAGGUGAUCGCCGUCUUUGACUAUGAGCGCUCCGAUGUGAACACCGAAGAGUUGAUUUCGGGCAUCUUUGAUCAUGCGAAGGAUUCGCUUUGCGGCCGUCCUGCCUCCGAGGUGGUCAAUCGCACUCAGUUCCUGGUGCUGCACAUGUUCAAGGAACUGAUCGAGGUGCUGCCCUUCGAGGAGUUCCAGGCCGAAGAGACUGUGCGCAUGCUUGUCGAUGUACUGGAGCGUGAGCCCAUGGUAGAUCCGCGAGCCAUCAAUGUCGAGCAACUGAUUGACUUGACGCUACAAUAUGCCAAGGAGAAUCUGUUGGAUGGGAUUACGGCGCUGCCCAUCCGUAAGCUGGGCAACGACAUACAGAAGCAGCUCCAGAAGAGGCGCCAAUUCAAGUAUCCCAAUUGCCAAUCGCCGCUGGCAGUGAGAAUAGCCAGCAAGAAGUCCACUCCAAACACGGGCCUACCCUUUUAGGGCCAAUAACUCGAAAGACCUCGGGAUCACAUCUAUCUGUUCCGUCUGUUCCAAACUAAAUAUAGACUUGAUCUAUUGCGACACUAUUGCAUUAUGCAAUGAAUAGAAGAUAAAAUUCGUUUUCAAUUGGUAAAUUGUUAUAGGUUU